AUGCCGUCCAUAUGUGACCGGCUGACGGUGAUCAUCACCACCUCUCCAGCACCCUCCAAUCCAGCCACAGAUCUCAUCUCAUCAGUCCUCGAGUCCUUCCAGCAGCACUGCCCCGGCCUGAUCGACGCGCGGGUGAUCGUCGUCUUCGACACCUUCGAGCGCAUCACCGUCCAGCCGCGGCUGAAAAAGGGCCAUGCCAGUCCCGAACUAGCAGAGACCUAUGAGCAGUACAAGGCCAACAUCAAGCAGCUGGUCCUGCAGGCCUACCCGCACGAGGGCGACGGCGUGCUCACCCACUCCCACGCCGCGGCGGAAUUCGGCUUCGACGGCGCGGUCGACCUGCGCAUCGCGCAUACGCCCGACGACCGCGUGACGUUCGUCGAACCCGCCGCGCGCCUGGGCUUCGGGCUCGCCGUGCGCUCGGCCCUCCGCCUCGUCGACACGCCCUAUGUCUGGGUGCAGCAGCAUGACUGGGCGCUCGUCGCGGAUAUCCCGCUCGCGCCGCUGCUGGAUAUCAUGUCCCGCAGCGAGUCGGAUGAGGUCGCGCCGGUGAAGUAUAUCUCCUUCCCCUCGGUGCGCAUGAAGCACUACGCGGCCUCGCCGCAUGUGCUCGACCACCCGGCCCUGCGCGACCUGACCACUUCCCUGAAGAGGGAGUUUGUGGCGCCGUCCGCCGGUGGUGAGACGGUUUCACUGACGCCGCUGUUCUUCUGGUUUGAUAAGCCGCAUGUGGCGUCGACGGCGCACUACCUGGCGCGGGUGUUUCCGACGCCGUUGGCGAUGCGCCGGGGCGAGUUCAUCGAGGAUAAGAUCGGGCAACGGGCGCGCGCGCAGAUGAAGGAGGGGCAGUGGCUGAAGUGGGCGACAUGGCUGUACUAUCCUGAGGAAGGAGAGGUGCUGUGUUUGCGACAUCUGAUGGGGAGGACGUGGAGGGGGUUUGGGGGUGGGAUUAACCUCAAGGGGGGUGUUGUUGUAGAGGGCGAAGUUGCGCCUGUACAGCAUGAUUCUGCAUGA